AUGAUGAAGACGCAGAGAGCGACCUUGCUGUACUUGUCAAAUAGCAACUCAGGCAGCAAUGAAAAACACAGUGACAGUUUAGAUGUUCCCGCAGAAGGAGGAACACUCAGGACCGAGGAUAUUUCUGAGGAUAAUUCUCGACCAAAGGACUACAAAGUUGAAAGCAGCAGCCGACAAGAUUACUUAAGUUUUGCAGACUUUUCCAAGAAGGACGAUCAGGACGCUGCAGAAAGACCGUUGGAGGUUUCUGCAGUGGAAACACAAAGUACUGUCGGUCCUAAUGCUAAACUAAAGGCUGAGAGAGGACCAGAACCGACUGUUCCCUCGGUGCAGCAGAGCGACGCACCGACAGUCGGGACGGCGAACCAGAGGACACCGGGGGCUGGGAGAAGCCUGGCUGAGGAGGGUCUGACCCUGGAGGCAGGGCUGGGUCUAGGAACCGGGUUGGACAAAAGCUUUGAAGGCGACGAGAUGUUUCUGGACGUGCAUCCUCGAGUCCUGUUCUCACCCUCUCCGUCACCCCCAGAACACCCUCCUCUCCUCCUCAUGCUGGAGACCGGCAUGCUGGAGGAGGACUGGAACGGAGAGGAGCAGGAGGACAUGGACGGACACAUCGAAGGGCACGGGGACCGGGCGAUCGACAGGAGCACCACCCUGAGUUGGACAGACUUGUUGACAGUUACAAGUGAAGCCGCUCGUCCCGUUAAAAGGGACAAACGCUCGCACUUGAUAGACAAGAGGAGGGGGGAGAAGUCAGUGUGCGAGGCGGAAAGCGUCUGGGUCAUCGACAAGACGACGGCCAUCGACUCUCACAAUCAGAAAGUCACCAUCUUGCAGGACAUUCAGACCCAGACAGGACCGCUCAAACAGUACUUCUACGAGACUCGGUGCCGCCAAGCAGAACAGCAGAGCGUCGCCGGCACGUCGCAGGGGUCGAGGGGAGCCGCGGCACCAGCGAAAUCCGUUGGGGUGGGCGUAGCCGGGGCGGGCUGCUUGGGCGUGGAUAAAAAACAGUGGGUGAGCGAGUGCAAAGCCAAGCAGUCGUACGUCCGAGCGCUCACCAAAGACGCGAGCAACAGAACCGGAUGGAGGUGGAUCCGCAUCGACUCGUCCUGCGUCUGCGUGCUGCUGUCCAGAGCGAAUCAGACAUUGGGGAGGAAGGGGAGAGGCUGA